AUGCGCCCGGCGCUUCUGCGACUGUUGAAGAGGCCGUCCGCCGUCUCGAUUCUUGACACCCUCACAGCUACACCGAUCGGAAUAGAGCAAUUGGACUCGAAGUAUAGGUGUCUACGGUGCAAUUCGCAAACCUCGAAGCGGGAAGCACCGAGUGAACCUACGAAUCGCCCUGCUUCAAGCACACUAGAAGAUCCAUGCCGAGGGAAACGGCCGUUCAGCUUUCCCAUAUACGAAAUCGAUCAACCCAGCGAACAGCCACUUAAUGAACACACCAACGUCGCGGACGGCUUUCAACAUCAGGGCAGCCCGCAUUGUCCAACCAAAGAGCUGGCGCUUCGACCGGACAAGCUUGAAUUCGAAUCGGAUGUAGGACACCUCAACAACAUCGGAACGCGGCUAGUGGAUGGAGUGGAUCAUCGGUUCAAUUUGGACUUAUGGGAAGAACUUCUUCGAUACCGGCAACGGCAUUAUGGGGACACUGGCACAAUUGAUAUAUGGGAGGGACUGACCGUCCGCGUGGAUGGAGUCAGGCUUCCAGUCGCGGGGAAACAAGCGGAGUUUUUCUGGCGCAGCUUUGUGGACUUGGGGCUGAGGCGUGAGGUAUUCCUUACGGAUGUUCUUCAGUAUGCUAUCAAACUCGCGGAAGACCACGAUAGUCGUUGGCCGGAGCUCUACUACCGCAUUGUGGGUGGACUUCUAGAACAAGGCAUGCCAAACCGGGCAGUCGAAUGGCACAAGCGACUACAGAGUGCCCGACUUGCCACUCCCAGUGAUACAUUGCAAAUCUUGCCAUUGGCACUUUCUCUAUCAUCUCUUCCGGCUGGCACGGAAUGGCCGAUCGCGAACGAACUUGAAACGCCACCUUUGUCACCCGGGCUGAAGGCUUUCCAGGCCAUGUGUUCCACAUUUCCUGAUCACCAAUUCUACGGGCCAGUCAUUGCCACCCUCAUGCGGCAUGGCCAUGGAGAAUCGGCGAUCUCAAUGCAUUUUUACCUUGCACAACGAGAGGAUCAUCCACAAAGCCCCGCUGAAAUCCAACCGCUGUUGGAAUAUGUCGAGAAAUUUGGGUAUCGGAAAGAAUUCCACAAGCUCCGCAGAUAUGUCAAAAAGCGGUUUGACCCUGAAGCCUCUGUUGAUCAACCCGGUCCCAUCCACUUAUCUCAGCACGCCCAAAAAAGCUCGCAAGACGAAAAGCCAUUCAAGGACGAUAUUGGUGCCAAGCUUUUUGCUACUCGAGCUCUCAAUUUUGACAUGAUAGUUGGUGGGUUGAAGAUGCUCGGGGUAACUGAAAUUGGUCCCCGGACUCUGCGCGAGAUGGCGACCAGAGCUCACGGUAACCACGAUCUACUGGAAAAGCUCAAAAUCCUGAAGCAAUCAGGAAUAUCUGCAGGAAACACCGUAUUUUCGCGCUUGGUCCAGAAACUUGCAGCUCAAAAUCGCGACAUACUCCUCUCAGACAUCUUGCGCAGCGAUCAACACCCCGAUGUGUUCGAAGACAAGCGUACCCAGGAGUCGAUGUUAGUUUCGUACUACAUGGCUCGGGAUUGGCGACUAUACAAUAUGACUCUUGCAGCCCUGACAGAACUAUACCCAACUGCCCCCAAUCUCUCCGAUAUCCACUUCAGGAAGCAUCUCGCGGCCUGGGAAUUGGCUGCUGCCUGCAAGGUUGCCGACGAGCUUGCCCUACAAAAUGAGACCUUGAGCGAGGAUAGUGUGGAUUAUAUGGCUGAGCAGGUUCUCACCCCUCGCCGGAUGAACCAUCGCCCACCACCUGGCCAACGCCUCUCCACUGCCCAAGAAGUGGGUUUUAUCUUCAAGAUUCUUAAACGUGUCGUUCCCGCUGGGGGAUAUGUCAGUGCCGCAUUUUGGGUUGAGAUUCUAAAACGUCUCGGAAUGGCCACCGAUGCUUGGAAAGAUUGGGAUGCACUCCGACAACUCUGCCACUGGCUUGUUUGCCAAUACACUGGCAGCAAUGGGGAUAUCCCCAGGACAGACACCCAGCCGCAACCCAGUCUUGAAAGUCCCGUGCAGACCAGGAGUCGGGAUCGACGAAUGCUUGACUUGGUCUUCACUCCACAGAUGCAAGCCGCCAUCGUCUCUUGGGGCUUCAUGUUCCGCGUACUCGACACAACCGCCUCCAGAUUUACCAUUCCCAACCCUUCCAGGCCAGGCGAAACACUCAUUCCCUGGGUCCGAGGUUUGAUCCUACUACGAGAGCUUGAAAAAUCGGGCCUUCGCCUCGACAAGAGACUUAUCUCACAGGCCGUUCGACACCGGCUUGCCAUGCUUUAUAGCGAGCAUGUUCUUUCUGCUCGACGUCUGAACCGUAUGCUGCGACGUCGAAAUCCAUAUACUGCGCAGCAAGUGGUCCACGAUGUGUUCCAGGCCUGGGGCGACCCAUCUCUUUUUGAUGGAUUGGAGAGGAAUCUAGAACAUUUGGUCAAUCCGCCACGUUCUGCCAGGUCGAAGCGACGUGCUCCCGGUAUACGACUCUCGCGAAAAGGGUUAUGA